AUGCCUUUUCUCACAAUUCUGGUUAUAUUUUCUACUCCACAAGCCGUCCGUUUGAGCCAAAACGCGACUAGUUGGCUGCUCGUUUUCUACUCGGGCAUCUAUUCAUCCACAAUUUCAAACUUGGCCGUUCAAUUUGUGUACAGAUAUUGGGCGAUUUUUGAUGAAAAAAGCUUUGGAUUUUUAAAGGAUCGAGAUUUCUCAUCUUGGCUUAUGAUUCCAAUGGAUCCAUCAGAUGGCGAAAUUAUAAUCAUGUACUGCGCUAUUCGUAUGUACUUUGAGAUGGAAUCAAAAGUGCAAAUCUUGUCUCCUGCGCUUAGGAACUUACACAGACAGUUCUUCAAGACCCUUGUUUUGCAAGUGGUCACUCCAACGGUAACCUUGUUUGCGCCAGUAACUGUAUUGAUCUAUCUACCACUUUUUGAUCUACAACUUGAUCUACCAUUUGGAAUAUUUCUAUCAACUUUAUCGAUUUUUCCUGGUACGGAUGCAAUUAUUGUGAUGUAUGUAGUACAGGACUACAGGUUGGCCAUGAAGAAUAUGGUCCAAAAAUUUACUGGAAGUAUAAUUACUUGGGCGAAUAGUCCAAGUGCCUUGUCAAUAAAUAAUUUGAAUAUUUUUCAAAACAUUUUUUGUAACAUUAAAGUCUAG